AUGGCUCCUCUUCGCGCGAGACAGAGCCUGUCAAAAGAUCGAUUCCCCGUUUACUUUGGCAAUGUGAAGAGCCAAACUUACCAGGACCUCAGCCCGGCUGCCCGAGGGGCCAGUUCACGAGGUCUUUGUUCUAUCGCAUGGAACCCGCAAGGAACUCUUGUCGCGACAGGUGCUUCAGAUAAAACUCUCCGAGUGUGGAACCCAGAAAAGCCUCUCGUGCGCUUCUCCACGGAGCUCAAAGGACACUCUGCUGGCAUUGAAAAGGUUGCUUUCAACCCCACAAAGGAUGCCGAGCUCUGUAGUGUGAGUAGCGACGGUGUGGUGAAGUUUUGGGACGUGAGGAGCAAGACUUGUAUCAACGAGAUCACAGGGCUGUCAGAUGCUUCCUCGUUAGCUUGGGCCCCGGACGGCGAGACCCUCAUGGUCGGUAACAAAUCUAAUAAUGUUUUCGUGCUGUCUCCGACACAAUCGACUCCUCUGUCAGCUCACCAACAACCAGUUCAGACCAACCAGAUCACCUUUUGUUGGAGCGGCAAAAAAAUCUUUCUGAGUACUGGUGAGGGCCAUGUCCGCAUUCUGUCGUAUCCGGACUUUGAACCUUUGCUGUACCGCGAUCGAUCGGCCGGCCUCGAGGAAUUUGUCCUCAACGGGCAUACUUCACAGUGUCUAUCCGUGGAAAUGCAGCCGACUGCGCGGUACCUCGCCACGGGAGGGUACGACUCGGUGAUUGCUUUGUGGGAUACCACGGAUUGGAUAUGCCAGAAGACUAUCAGCAACCCGACAGGCCCGAUUCGAAACAUCAGCUUUACUUUUGAUGGGAGCUACAUUGUUGGAGGAAGUGAGGAGGGUUCGAGCCUCGACAUUUUUCAUGUAGAGUCGGGAGAACGAGUCCACGCCAUAAAGACUACCAAGGCAGGUCCUGUCGUGGCAUGGGCCCCCACACGAUAUUGCCUCGCGUACGUCGACCAGGAUGUACUUCGCAUUGCUGGAGUCGACUCUGAAAGAAAGUGAAAACGAACUUAAUGGGGCAGGAUAAACCAGGGAAUGACAAUCUCGGCAUGCUCGUACGAAGGACAUGGGCAUUGAUAAUAGGGAAGAAUCGAAACACUUGUUGGGUGAACAGGUCGGCAUCACGGCAAGCCCUAUGACAGUUGUUCCAAUUUCACGUUAGGCUGGUUCUCUGAGGGGCCACCGAGGUCUCGGACCGUUUAAAGAUUGUAGGUCGGGGGCAUUUAAAUAGUUGAGAAACACCGUCGACCGAUCGAGAACAACCAAGUUCGCACCGACAUGUCGAAACAUCUUCUGUG